UAACAUCACCCUAAUAUAGUUGGUGAAUGGACGGACUCAAUCGUCGCCAUCUUAUUGCUGUGCUGUGUUUUGAAGAGAAUUGAUGAAAAAAGAGUAAAAAUUUCCAAAAUUAAAUAGAUAAAAUUGUAUAAAAAUAUUACGCAAAUAAAUAUUGUAACAUUGAUCAAUUAAAAAACGUUGGAAAUUUUUUUUCUUGGAGUCGUAUAAUUUUUGAUGAAUCAUCAACACCAGACGAUUGAUGGAAAAUUAUUGUGUUAGAGAGAGAUAGAGCGAUUAAGUGUGAAAGAGAUAAAAAUUGUACUCGUGCUUUCGUAUUUAGUUAGCAAGGAUUUGGGCUGUGGUAGUUUCGAGACUGAGCCACUAGAAAUGAUGAACAACUAUGAACAGGCGAGAUUGCCCACAGAGCGUUUGAAGGAUAUCGGCGAUAUUCAUCAGAUAAACUUUCCCGAGGAGUCAGUAUUUGAACAUGUCGAUGUAAAAACACAAAAUUUUAAUUUUGGCGCCAAUAUUAUAAGCACAACAACAAUGUCAUCGUCUGCACUUAUUUCGACCAGCGAAGAGGAGAUCAAAACAAACUCAAUGAAAGAAAUACAAACAAUAACAUUACCGCCAACGCUUUCCACAGAAGAUUUAGAAAUAGUUGGUUCUUCAAUCGCAGACACUCCUCCAGUAAGCGUAGAUGAGAGACAAGACUCGGAGGAGUGCACAGAAGGAGAGUUGUCGGUGGAAGAUGUUUUCCACGGCGCAUCAAAACAUUCAACUGAAGAUAUUACACAUUCCGAGCAAUCGUCGCAGGGUGGUACAGAGCUCAAUACCAGCAGCUAUAACGACAACGAUGUCAAUGAUGAUGAAGAAGACGCAGAUGAUGACGACGAAGAUUCGGAUGAUUCUUCCUCAGACUCGGACUACUCCGAUUUAAGUGGUCUGUCAGAUAUGUCCGGCAAGGAGUGGAAACCGAUUAGUCGCCCAUUGAACUGGGUUCAGAAGCAAAUACAUUCGGGGGCAAAUCCUCGGGAAAUUUUGUCAAAGUUCUUGCCCACAUCAGCUCAACGUAUCAGCCCUGAGUUGACAGAUAUGACUUUAUGGCGUAUUUUGGCCAGUAUGAUGGCCGAACCACCCAGGCGCAAAAAGCUUUCAUACGUCAAUACAUUCGAUGAUGUUAUCGAUCUACUACACAAAUCCAAGAAUAUUAUUGUUCUCACUGGUGCCGGUGUUUCAGUAUCUUGUGGUAUACCUGAUUUUAGAUCCUCAGAUGGUAUAUAUUCUCGAUUGGCCAAAGAUUUCCCCAACUUACCCGAUCCGCAGGCCAUGUUUGAUAUCAAUUAUUUUUCCCGAGAUCCGAGACCGUUUUACAAAUUUGCCCGCGAAAUUUAUCCGGGACAGUUUAAGCCGUCACCGUGCCAUCGAUUUAUAAAAAUGCUGGAACAAAAACAAAAAUUGUUAAGGAACUACACCCAGAAUAUAGACACAUUAGAACAGGUGGCCGGCAUAAAAAAUGUCAUUGAGUGUCACGGCUCCUUUUCGACAGCUUCGUGCACCAAAUGCAAAUACAAAUGUGAUGCAGAGAGUAUACGGGCAGACAUCUUUGCCCAGCGUAUACCUGUGUGCCCACGUUGCCAGCCCAAUGUUGAACAGAGUGUGGAUGCUUCCCAACCGGUAUCUGAAAGUGGACUACGACAGCUUGUGGAGAACGGCAUAAUGAAACCUGACAUUGUCUUCUUUGGAGAAGGAUUACCAGAAGAAUUCCACACUGUCAUGGCAAGUGACAAAGAUAAAUGCGAUCUACUGAUUGUUAUGGGUUCAUCACUUAAAGUCCGACCAGUAGCAUUGAUUCCCAGCUCAAUACCGAAUAAUGUACCACAGAUCUUGAUUAAUCGCGAACAACUACACCACCUGGAGUUCGAUGUUGAACUGUUGGGAGAUGGUGAUGUUAUUAUUAAUCAAAUCUGCCAUCGUCUGGGAGAGGAUUGGCAAGAUAUUUGUUUUGAUGAUCAAAUUUUGCAAGAAUCUAACGAAUUAAUGGCAUUGAAUGAUGACGAAGGGGAUUGUGAAAGCAGUAUGAAAGGAACACAUCCGCCAACGGAUAAUGACUGCGUUUCCAUAAAAUCCAGCCAAUCCAAUGAUUUAAUGUUGCAGUCUGGCACAAAUUAUUCCGAUUCCGGCUUUGAAACUUCAUCAACAUCAUCCAUAAAGCGAGACGGAGAAUUUCUCUGCCCCGAUUAUCUAGAUGAACCUCUUGAGUCCACAGAUUUUGGUGGUUCUUGUGAUUAUCGUCACCUGUCUAUCGACUCAUCAAAAGAUAGUGGUAUUUUAGGCGAUGCCUCCAAUUCGGCGACGACUCCUGUCUUCAAUAGUGGGUUUUCUGAAACAGGCGAUACUAAGAAAAGCCUGAAUAUGCCCGCAACCUCAACACAAGCAAUCCCGAACAAGAAAACAAUGGCAAACAGCUUUGAUGGAACCAAAACAGUAGCGGCUACAGAUGAUGAAUCCAAAGAUGGCGAAAAAAGUAUCCGUAAAAAGCAAAAACGUCAAAGUGCUGCUGAGAGGUUGUACAAAGGUACAUAUUACGCACAUGAUGUAUCUUCGUCCUAUGUAUUUCCUGGUGCCCAAGUAUCGUGGUGUUCAGACUCCGAAGAGGAGGAUGAUGAUGAGGAAGACGAUGAUGAAGAUUGUGCUAAUUCUAAGAUUACUAAGGAGACAAAUUCCGGCGAUGUUCAGGCAGAUGAAACUGCAAAUUCUGCAACGUCAACGUCAAUGAUGACAACGUCAGCCCAAAGUGAAACGACUACCUUUACUAAUAUUAUUACAAUCAACCCAGCAGCGGAACAACAGAAAAAGAGACAUUCAACCGAUAGCCCGGCAGAAAUCUACAACACAGAAGAUGGCGAUAAUCCAACAUCAACAUCCGUUAGCCCGCAUAGUCCACCUCCACACAAGAGACGACGAGAUUCCGCCAACACCCCCUCGUCACCAACAGUCUCCUUGCAACCUGUAAAUACUUUUAAUCGUGACUUGGGCCCGUCGUCGUCAUCGUAAGCCACUAAUUUCUCAUUUAUAGUAUAAUUCUUAUUUUUAGAAUAGUUGUAAAAAAUAUUCAUAGGCUUUUUUCUGCAUUUCGGUAAAUUGUUAAUUUUGAAAAAAAAAAACAAAUAUUUUAAAUAUCAACAACUACCUAUGUGGAGUUUAUGUUUUGUAAACAUGUAUUGCCAGUUUUACAUCUGUUGCUUAUGUUGGUAAUACUAAUCCUUCUCACGUAAUGCAACUGGGACAAAGUUAAUGUUCCGAUUAAGGGAUUCAAUUUUAGGCAAGCAUUUAUUAUUCCCUUUUGCUAAUCGCCAAUACACACAAAUAUAAUUAUUUUUCCCCCUUUUCACCGUAAAAUAACUUUCUGUUUUUCUUUUUUAUUUUUAAUAUGGUUAUAUAAUGUUUAGCAAUUAUUACAACAAUGCCGCAACUAAAGAGCAUUAUAAAUCUUGAUAAAAAAUUGACCCGCGCACAUACAAACAAAGUAAGAUAUAAAUAUUAAAAAUAUGUAGAAUUUAGAGAUUAGUUUCUAACUUAUUUAAAAAACAAAACUAGGAAUAAGAAAAAUUAACAUAUAAGCUUUCUGAGAAUAUAAAUAAUUAUAAAAAGAGAAGAGAAAAAACAAAAACGAGAAUAAAACAAAUCGCUAUGUUAAUAAAAAACAUACGUCUAAACAUA